UAGAUAUCGAAAUGGGUUUCACUAGUAAUCUUGCGUUAUCACUUUUCCUACUAUCACUGUUUUUGGAAGGUUCGAUGGGUCAAUCAGGGUGCACGAAUGUUCUCAUUGGAAUGGCUCCAUGUCUAAACUAUGUUACGGGAAGUUCCAAAACACCAUCUUCUUCUUGUUGUUCAUCUCUUGCAAAUGUUGUUAAAUCACAACCACAGUGCCUUUGCAAUGCCCUUGAUGGUAGCACUAUGGCGUCACUAGGAAUCAGUAUCAACAAAACUAUCGCAUUAGCACUUCCAGCUUCAUGCAAUGUGAAGACCCCACCUGUUAGUCGAUGUGGUGGUGGAAAUAAUGCACCAGUGAUGGCUCCAGUUAGAUCUCCCGAACACUCACAUGGUGAAUACUUGAAUGGACCUUCAUCAGUCAGCAUAUUUUUCGAAGGAUCCAAACAAGUUAUGUCAACCGGUGAAACAUCUGAUGCUGCUUGUUUACAUACGAAAUUAAGCACUUUUGGAGUUGAAGAAGACAACACUGAUGGAGAUCAAAUACGAACGGAAGGAGAUGUCAAUAUUGAAGGUGCCUAG